GCACGGCUUCCGAGAACGGGAUGAACUUGUCUUCACCUCCCCGGCAGCAGUGAGGACAACCGGCCCGCGUUCGCUACACUCAAGCUUGGGGUACUCUUUUUGUGGAUUACCCUCUCCCCCUCUUCUUCGGAUACAUUUUGAAGGAUGGAGACUUUGGGAAGAGGAGGUGAACAUGUCAGAAAUGAAGGAUGUGUCUGAAACAUGACAGAUUGGUCCACGAAAUGCCAAGCUGACAAAACUUGAAAGCACCACUUGUAAAAAGGAGACUGAUAAGAGCCACUCCAAUUACCUUUACCUUUCACUUAGGCCAUCACAUUGCAUUCAGCUUGACUUCUACACCACCACACAAAUGUGGACCUCUCCAAAAAGCCAAAUAGCCUGAAGAAAAGAGCUUUAGUUAUAAAUAUUGCACACAAGACUUGGUAGCCAUGUCUGACAUGACACAUCGCCACUUACGCCACAAGCUUCAAAGUGUCGUCAGACGGCUGGACGAACUGGAAGAAGCUACCAACAAGCUGCAGAAGUCUGAAGAUGAGUUGCUUGACAUACAGGAUAAGAUCAUCCAGGCAGAAGGCAGCAACUCAUCCUUACUUGGUGACGUGGAGGCAUUAAGGAAACGCCUCCUGAAAAUCCAAGGCAAAGAUGAGGAGGUACGCAAAGCGGAGGAUCUCUGCCGUACAGUGAGAGAGAAACUGGAAGAGGAAGAAAGUUUAACAAAAGAGCUCAAAGCGGAGCUUGAACACCUACAGGGGAGGAUGGCAGAACUGGAGAUACUGGAAGAAGCAUUUGGGAAAAGCAAAUCGGACUGUACCCAGCUCUGUCUCAGCCUCAAUGAAGAGAAGAACGUAACCAAAAAGCUCUCAACUGAGCUGGAAGCCCUAAAAGCUCGUUUGAAGGAAAUGGAGGCAUCUGAGAUAAAGUUGGACAAAGCAGAGCAAGCUUUGACUGCGGAACUUGACAAACUUAAGGGAUUCUACCAGACCAUCGAGAACGAGCAUGAGAGGAUACUAGAGAAGCAAAGACAAGAUGAGAAAGUCACUCUUAAGCUCAUGGAAAAACUAGAGCAGCAAAAUAAUUGCUUUGAUAUGGCUGUAGAUCCUGGUUGUGCAGAUUUAAUGAAGUCUAGGAUUGAAGAUGGACUGUCCUCCACAGGCAUCUUCUCUGGACACAAGAAAAGUCUUGACUACAACAUGGGCCUGCUGAAUAAGUCUGAGAAUCAGAAGAACAGUGGCCUCGCGGGGUCACAAGAGGAAGACAACAAAGUAAAGGAGCUUACGCAGGAAGUAGAAAGGCUCAAGAAUCGCCUUAAGCAGCUAGAGAUUGUGGAGGAAGACCUGAAAAACUCAGAGUCUAAAAAUGGUGAGCUUCAGGAAAAGUUCCAAAUGGAACGCAAGCGGGCUCUUCAAUUGAGCAAGCAGGUUGAACAGCUCAACACACGGCUGUGCAGUAAAUGUGGGAUCGGAGGCAAUGGGACUAGUAAUGUGGAUAAACAAGGCAACGGAAGUGCUAACAUCAGUCCUGGUAACCAUCCCAAGUACCUGGAGAAUGGCAAAGCUGGGAAUGAAGAGAUUGCGAUGGGAGGUUUAAAGCAAGAGAUACAAAAAUAUCGCAGCGCCUCAACUGUCACAGAACCCAGCUCGACUCCUGUCCAGGAAAAUACAAAAGCACCCAAAAUUCCAAAUACUCGGUUUUCAUCUGAUAAUGGAAUUAAAGAGUCAACCCGGGGAAAUGAGGAAAAAGGAUACAGAAGAAAUACACCUAGUAGUGAUAUUAAAAAAGUGUCUGUCCUUCAUCGAUACCCCCCAGCAGCUAAUGACAAGAAGCUCCUGAAGACAGCUCACAGGCAGAGUGAAGGGGAGAGCAAUACAUUUUCAAAACUGUAUGUAUGUAGUGAAAGUGAAUCAAAUAAUUCUGAUGUAGUAUCCGAGAGUUGUGCAUUAGAGAAGGACACCGAGCCUAUCUCAGACCAGGAAUUAACAGAAAAAGUUCAAGAUCCUGUGCCCGUCACCUCCAAGCUGUCCAAGGCCAACGAAACCUACAGAGCUUACAGGUCCAACGUCCAUCAACUGUUGCCAAAUGACCAAGGCUCGGAAAGUCAUUCCUCUGCUUCAGAAACAGAAUCCACUGGAUCAAGACCCUCAGAACCAGAGACUGUAAAUGAAACGACUACUACAACCUCUAGCAGUAGGACUGCAACCUCGCAAUACUCUAGAUAUCCACAUGUCAAGGACUCUCAUUCAGAGGGUUCCUCUUCACGGAGCUCAUUCGAUGAAGAGUUACACAUUAAAACAAAUGUAGCUGAGGGAGGCAUUGGCACUUCUCUCGGGAUCGAGAUCCAGCGAACUUGCAGUCCACGUGAGGCGCUGAUAUCCAAAGGGGUUUUUAAAUCUGCCAUCGUUGAGAGUGACCGAAAAGAAGUGAUGACAUCGGAGCCUUUGGCGGCCAACGGGAAGCCCAAAAUAUCCACCAAACCCAUACUGACUACUAGUAUUAAAACGAUCUAUCCCAACGACCCUAACUCCUCUAGAACCAACAGCCGCAGCAGUAGUGUAUCCAGUGAGCCAGUGUCUGCCAAGGAACGCCACACAUCCACAACUAACAUUGUCAUAGGCCCCAGCAGCAUUUCAAUCCCUUAUGAAAUCUCCAUCCGCAAGAGCGAGAUCACAAUGCGGCCAAACCAGGACCAGGUAUUUGGUGCAGAUAACCUCAAUGAUUCCUCCAAGUCUAAGUACCACAACACCUCUACGGUGGAGAUGACCACAAGCCAAUUUUACCAGAGCAACUCUCUCAUCCUCAACGACACCAAAUCUGGCAUUGAUACAUUUACCAGCUCGAAAAACCAAAGACAAAGAAAAAGGCAGCCCCAAGAAGAGCGUUUACAUGAAGACAUGAAGAAUGUAACCGUGAGAAAAACCUGGAAGAACCAAGUCAAUCCAUAUGUGGAUGAGAAGGGUAGAGGAGGUCGACGGGUAACCAUGGAAGGAGGCGGUUCAGAGGAUGAGACAGAAACCACAACAACAUGGAAGGCCUAUCGGGCAACGACGAUCGAUUCUGAAGACACAGUGAGCCUUGGACCAAGAACUGGUGGGAAUAAUUCAGCAACAAAGGGAGUUAAGCCAUCACCUGCAGAGAUGUACAAGCGCAAAAUCGACAAAGACGCAGAAGAACCUGUGCUCCAUCGUGGCGAAAGCACUAAGGAACCCCUGGGAAGGAAAAUACCUCAUGCACCUGUCACUUCACAGUCCUGGAGUCGCUCCUUCUCGCAACGAUCACCGGGUCCAAAUAGAGGCGAUCGCAGUCCAAACCCGAGCCUCAACCAGGUCUCGUGGAAACAGCACCCCUCCAGCACUAACUCUAUCCCCACGGGUAGCUCCUACGACCGGACAACCAAGUCGCCGACAUCCAGCGGGGAGCAGUGGGCCACUCGGGGUCACGACUCUACGGCUAAAACGGGAGGAAAGGCCGGACCGGCGGCGAGUCGUCUGUGGAGCCAUCGCCAGGCCGAACACCAUUAGUGCCCUGUGGAGAUGGCUCAGCAGAUGGCAGCAGGUGUCCUUCCAGCCUCCCCAUCAUCUCCAGCAGCUUUCAGAACGAGCAACGACAAGAAAGAAAGAAAACAAACAAAAAAACAAAAAGUGAGUGCACGUUGACAUCCCAGAGCGAGUCCUCGCCAUCGCACGCGUCCUCUUCUGCUCGCUGGAUGUGUUUUAGUCACGUCGUGGUCGCACACCAAGACAAGGGAGAGGCUCAAAGGGAUCACUUCAUCUUACUAAAACUGCUUGGGGGAAAAAAAAAAAAAAAAAAAGUUUGGCGACGGUGUUGUUCUACGUGACCAAAAAGAGGAAGCGAAUGACUCCCAAAUUACGCCACCGUGUCUCUUUUUGGGACUUGAGACGCACUUCCCCGCCGGACAAGGAGUGAAGAGCGAUGACUCGGCAUUCUCACACAAUAUCAACACCCGGGACCCUUCUUUUUUGUCAUGAUUACGCAAUAAUUAGCUUCCUGGGGGCCAUUUUUACCUUCCUCUUUCUGCUGACACAUCUCAACACAAUGCACAUUUAGGAAUAGUUGAUUUUUCUAAUGAUGGAUAUAUUACACCUGCUACCGUAUAUUUCCCAUGGUGCUCUUCUUUGUUCUGUAAACAUGCGACUAUGUUGUUGCUUUUUGGGGUUAUCGGCACACAAUACUACACUUUGCACAUGCCAGCCAAUCAUAGGAUGACACAGCUGGAAGGGGGCGGGGUCACUGGCACAGCUGGAAGGGGGCGGGGUCACUGGCACAGCUGGAAGGGGGGCGGGGUCACUGACAGUGCGGAACAUCAAUGGAAAACUUCGGAAUUCAAAGUAAUUUAAGAAAGUGGCAAAAGACUGUAACGCGUUGAAAUAUGUCUCCUUUUUUCAAAUUAUUUGGCAAAGUUCCAUCAUUUUCAGAGCAAGUGAUUCUUGUCCAAAAUGAUUUCUGCUAUUUAUUAAUACGAAUCUAAUAGUUUUUAAAUGUACCAGGAUUCCUCCAAAUAUAAAAAUGUAUUCUCAGUUAUAAAUUUGUUUUUUUGUUUUUUUAACUGUAAAAAUUACAAAUAUUAAUUCAGUUUUUCUUUUUUUUUGGCCAAAAAAAAUUAUAAAAACAAACUUAAAAUUUGUCCAGGGUUUUUGAAUAAAGUUGGGCUUCAGUAAAGGUUGCAUUAUUUAUUUGUGUGUGUGUGUGUGUGUGUGUGUGUGUGUGUGUGUGUGUGUGUGUGUGUGUGUGUGUGUGUGUGUGUGUGUGUGUGUGUGUGUGUGUGUGUGUGUGUGUGUGUGUGUGUGUGUGUGUGUGUGUGUGUGUGUGUGUGUGUGAGACAGGAAGACAAGCUCUGAGCACCUGUUGGUUUGCACGUAUUAAAUCUCUCAUCUCCACAUAUAAAACAAAACAAUACUACGUGAUUUAAAAAAUUAAAAAAUAAUAAUUGUCCUUCAUUCUAAUCGCCGCUCUAACAGUCAAUAUUUAGAAUUCAUUCAUUGUUCGUUUUUGUUUUUUUUAACGUCAAAAGCAGUUUUUCUAUUUUUUUGUCAAAGCCCAAUCAGGAAUUCCCAAAUCCUGGAAACUCAAGUCCCCCAAAAAUUUAAAAUCUUGUGGUCCCUGUUUCCUUCGGAGGUUUUUCCAAUCCCCUGACUGUCUUCCUUUCUAAAAGUGGAGACUCGUUCGGAGACCCCAAAAACUUGCUAGUCUAGUUCGCUAAAAGGGUCAAAGGGCUGUUUUUGUCUCGACUAACUUGGGGUGUCUAAAUAUGGCCACGAAACCUUAGAAGGGUGCCCGGUUCUGCCGGAGACUCCCUGCGGCUUGAAUGCAACCUCGAUAUGACAUCAUUGCAGUUUUUUGUUUUUUUUAAAAUAGCAGCCCACCUAUUUUACUCACGCCGACAAGUCACGUAACAUUUUGGCGAGUAAAAAACUCCUCCUGACUCCAUUUUUUUUGUGUGUGUGUGUGUGUGUGUUGUAUCCUGCAUUCUUUUCGGCGCUCGAGCCGUCCCACCGAGAGGUUAUUAGAAUGACUUUCUAAGGUUUUCUUUUCAGCUUCCAAACAAGAGCUUGAUUUUUAUUUUAUGGACAGUUCUUCCAAAUAUAAGACGACACCUCUUUUUCAAGACCAGUAAAAGUAUUUCAAAACAACAAAAUCCGAAGGAAAAAAAAUAUAUAAUUUUCAAUAUUAGUUUUACAAGCAAGUCUCUGUCUCCUCAGGUCACUCGUGUGUGUGUGUGUGUGUGUGUGUGUGUGUGUGUGUGUGUGUGUGUGUGUGUGUGUGUGUGUGUGUGUGUGUGUGUGUGUGUGUGUGUGUGUGUGUGUGUGUGUGUGUGUGUGUGUG